AACUUGGAGCAGUGGUGCAUCAUGGGAGAUUUCCCCACACGAUGACGUCACACAAUGUGCAGGGAUAAUGUGAUGGAGAUGCCCAUUGUGUUUCUGCUUCUUCAUCUGUUUUUGAUCUUCACUGCUCACGCUGUCAACCCCGGUUGCGAGUGCUUGCUGUUCUCGGCCACGUACGGCAAGGAUUACGGCUCUUUCAGCAGCCCGGACUAUCCGCAUCCAUACCAAGACAACAUCAACUGCCUCCUCUACACAUUCAUCGCGAGUCGUGACGAAAUCAUCGAGAUAACGUUCAAGGACUUCGACGUGCAGAAAUCGCAUCUCGAUUGUGAGCGCGGUGACUUCUUGAAACUUUUCCUCCAUCUUGAACGGCCUGAAGUAAAUGAAUAUACUCCUUGGUCAGGGCUGCUGUGUGGGGGGUUCACGGACAUACCUCAUGUGCUCUACAGUUCGGGCCCGGGGCUCGUGCUCGAGUUCCACACCGACCGCAAGACCAGCAACGCAUCCGGGUUCCUCGGCCACUUUCGGUUCAUUGACAGACGAAUGUUCCAGACAGACGGUCAGAAGCUGCCGGGCACGAUGUGCGACCAUCAGUUUAUCAGCAGUAACUACUCGCUCACGCAUGGCCGGUUUUAUUCUCCACGAUACCCAUCAAGCUACCCCAAGAACAUCAAGUGUGCCUACAGGUUUCGCGGGAGGUUAAAGGAAAGGAUCCGGAUCGUAUUUGAAGAAGUGACCUUACAGAAAGGCGAUUUAAG